AUGGAUGACAUGAAACCCCUGGGGGAGGCCAUUAUGGUCCAAGGCCUGUACAUGAACGUCGGCGAUGAGGAGGGCCCCGCAGCGGCGACGAACAAUGUCAUGGUGGAGGGCGCCUACAUGACUGUUGCACAAGGGAAUGCCGUUUCUGUAGAGGGCGCGUAUUUGACGGUGUUGAACAAAUCCGAGCCCAUCAAUAGCGAGGAGGGCUACCUCACCGUGUCUCAGGGGGCUGGCUCGAAGAACAAGGGCGGCCAAGUCAACAUGAACUACAAUGCUACCGUUGCUCGUCAGGAUGACGAUCCUGUUGUUUCGGAAUCCAUGUACGACCCCAGGACCAUGCAGGGUCUGGGCCCUGAGGAUGAAGAUGACGUGGAAGACCCAGCCAGCAUUCAAACAGAAUCCAUGUACGAUCCGAGGACCAUGGCCGGGAUUGAGGAAAGCUCGCCCAUGCCACCAUCAAGACCGUCGUUGACGCCUCAAACUGCCCCAGCUCCCACCGCGCCUGAGACGGCUACAUAUAUGCACGGUAUGCAAAGUCGAUCCGAGGCCGAGGCACGCCUGGCCAACAAUCCGCCUGGGACAUUUUUAGUGCGUGAAACCAAGGCCGUGGACGGGUUCGUGGUCUCUGUGGCAACGAGUCCCCGGACCUUUGCACAUGUCAAAGUCACCCGCCGCGCCGGCAGUCUUGCCACGACGGACCGUGUGUUUGACGACUUGCCAGAGCUCAUUGCAUUCUACAAGCAGCACUCCAUUCACUCUGGCAUCCCCUUGACAUUUGCCUGUGCACGUUGA